CUGAGGAGGGUCAGGUCCAUGCGAGAGAAUCCCCUGUUGAGAGACCUUCAGAGAGAGUUCAUGAACGAGAACCCCCCGACAGAGGCAGCAAGAAUUUUCUACAGCAAUGAGGAGAACAAUGCACAAAGGCUUUCCUUUCCCCUGAGGAACUGCUUAAAUAUGAUCUACGUCGGCACCAUCGGCAUAGGCACGCCCCCUCAGAACUUCUCGGUGGCCUUUGACACAGGCUCCACAGAUCUCUGGGUGCCCUCCAUCUACUGCCCGAGCCCUGCCUGCGUCAACCACCGCAGGUUCAACCCCAGACUCUCCUCCAGCUUCCUGAACUCCAGCCGCACCAUGAAAUUGGUCUAUAGCACGGGCAGGAUGUCUGGCAUCGUGGGCUAUGACAAUGUGCAGAUCGGGAAUCUCGUCGCCAUGAGCCAGGCAUUUGGUCUGAGCACGCUGGAGCCAGGCACAGAGUUUAACCGUGCACCCUUCGAUGGCAUCCUGGGCCUGGCAUACCCUAGCCUUGCCACUGAAGGGACGACUCCCUUCUUUGACACCUUGUGGCAGCAAGACCUCAUCUCAGAAAAUGUCUUUGCUUUCUAUCUGAGCAGAGGAAUGAAGGAGGGCAGCACUGUGAUGUUCGGCGGGGUGGACCACUCCUACUACACCGGGGAACUGCACUGGAUCCCCGUGACCAGGCGCCAGUUCUGGCAGAUCUCCAUGGACAGCGUCUCCAUGAACGGGAAGGUAGUGGCCUGUCACGGUGGCUGCCAGGCCAUGCUGGACACCGGCACAUCCCUGCUGUUUGGCCCACAGAGAGACAUCCGGAACAUCCACAGCAUCCUCCAGGCCCAGCAGAUCUCCGCCCACAGGGUCACCAUCCCCUGUGACAACAAGAACAUUAUGCCCGACCUGGUCUUCACCAUCAACCGUGUCAAUUACUCAGUGCCGGCCAGCGCCUACCUGCGUCCGGGCAACAGAUGGAACUCCUGCAUCAGCAACCUUGACUGGAUGGAGCUGGCCUGGUACCAAAAGGAGCCCUGGAACCUGGGAGAUGUCUUCCUGCGCCUCUACUUCUCUGUCUUUGACCGGGGGAACAACAGAGUCGGCCUGGCAACGGCAGUCUAA